GUCAAUACACAGUGGCUUAGGCAUAUACAUUGGCUGACGGUUAACCGCGAAAUGAUGUGUUGAAAAGUGACAGCGAAGACGACAAAGAACCAUUCACUAUUGAAGAUUACCCAUUAUCCCAAGAGUGAGAGCGCAGGGCUUCGAGUAUCGUUCAAUGUUACAGAUUACAGGGAAUUUUUGUGCAAACAACGACUAUUUAGAUACGCGGAUAAAAUAACCAUCGGAACGAGGUCUGGGCUAAUGAAAAAUGCCGCUAGCAACACUCACUGUACCCUGGAAUCAUGAACAAGUCGUAGUCAAUGAAAAGCAGAGUACCUCAGAGAUCUUGCCCGCUGAAAGCCAAGAAGAUCAUAUAGGAGCUAAGAAUGCUAUGGAUUCUCAGUCAAAUGGUUGCUCGGAAUCCCAUGAGAUUGAAGUUAAAGAUGUGGUUCGAGAAGGACAUGAAAAAGCUGAACCUAAACAUUUUGAACUGCUUAAAGUUUUAGGACAAGGUUCCUUUGGAAAAGUAUUUUUAGUUAGAAAAACUGUGGGUAAGGAUAAGGGAACUUUAUAUGCCAUGAAAGUCCUUAAAAAAGCUACUCUGAAAGUUCGAGAUAGAGUUAGAACCAAAAUGGAAAGAAAUAUUCUAGUCGAUGUUGAGCAUCCUUUCAUAGUACGUUUACAUUAUGCUUUUCAAACAGAAGGAAAACUUUACUUAAUACUUGAUUUUUUAAGAGGAGGUGAUCUAUUCUCCAGGUUAUCUAAACAGCUAAUGUUCACUGAAGAAGAUGUGAAAUUUUACUUAGCAGAACUUGCUCUUGCCUUAGAUCAUGUACACAGCCUUGGAAUAAUAUAUAGAGAUUUAAAGCCAGAAAAUAUUUUACUUGAUACAGAAGGCCACAUUGCCUUAACAGAUUUUGGAUUAAGUAAACAACCGCUUGAUGACACACAAACAUAUUCAUUUUGUGGUACUGUGGAGUAUAUGGCUCCAGAAAUUGUUAAUAGGAAAGGCCAUUCAUUUGCUGCUGAUUGGUGGAGUUUUGGAGUGUUAAUGUUUGAAAUGUUAACAGGUGCAUUGCCAUUUCAAGGAUCAAAUCGUAAAGAAACUAUGACCCAAAUCCUCAAGGCCAAAUUAGGUAUGCCUCAAGAGAUAUCCCCAGAAGCGCAGGCGCUUCUGCGUGUUUUAUUCAAAAGGAAUCCUGUGAAUAGAUUGGGUUCAAGGGGUAUUGAUGAAAUAAAGCAACAUGUAUUUUUCGAAACUAUUGACUGGGACAAACUCUUCAGAAAAGAAAUAAAGCCGCCAUUCAAGCCCGCCGUGAGUCAAGAGGAUGACGCCUUCUACUUCGAUAAUGAAUUUACAUGCAAGACACCGAAAGAUUCACCAGGAGUGCCACCAAGUGCAACCGCACAUGAACUAUUUCGAGGAUUUAGUUUCGUAGCCCCGUGCCUACUUGAAGAUAGUAAUGUUUGUAUAGAAAACAAACAGUGUGAAAAUGUAACUAAUACCUUCCCAAUCUACGUUAAUCCCAUUAGCAUAACAGACGAGUAUGACUUUAAGCAGGAAAUAGGCAAAGGUAGUUACAGUACAGUCUAUUUGGCUGUCCACAAGGCCACAAAAGCAGAAUAUGCCAUCAAAGUAAUCGAUAGGAAAAAGCGUGACCCUGCCGAAGAGAUAGAGAUAUUGUUGCGCUACGGGCGUCAUCCGCACAUUGUUACGCUGAAAGCGCUUCACGAGGAUGAAAGGCAUGUUUACCUUGUACUUGAACUUUUGCGCGGUGGUGAGCUUCUCGACCGGAUGCUACAGCGACGCAACUUUACUGAAGCCGAGGCUGCUGAAGUUAUGUAUACGAUAACAUGCGUCGUACAGUAUCUUCAUGAUAACGGAGUGGUUCAUCGCGAUAUAAAGCCUUCAAACAUUUUGUAUACCAAGCCUGGUUAUAACCCUUCAACGUUGUGCAUCUGUGAUCUUGGUUUUGCUAAGCAACUUCGGGCGGAAAAUGGCCUACUCAUGACGCCAUGUUAUACGGCUAAUUUUGUUGCUCCAGAAGUGCUGAAGCGACAAGGAUAUGACGCUGCGUGUGAUAUUUGGUCGCUUGGCAUUUUACUAUACAUCAUGUUAUCAGGAAGAAUACCGUUUCCUAAUACACCUGGAGACACAGCAAACGACAUAUUAGAUAGAAUCGGACGUGGAUAUAUUGAUAUGGAAACAGGCGUUUGGUGCCAAAUUUCGAAUGAAGCAAAAGAAUUAGUUAAGCGUAUGUUACACGUCGAUCCAACGCGAAGACCUACGGCAGGUCAAAUACUGAUGCAUCCGUGGUUAGUCAAUCGGCAUCGUCUACCUCUCAACCUUUUACCUGACAUCACUAAAGAUGCAUUAACUAUUAAGAACGCCGUGGCAGCAACUUACCAAGCCAUGUCAAAUAGUCCGCGAUUACCUAUUAUCGGUCCAGUAGUCAUGUCCGAGUUGGCACGUCGCCGAACUCAAGCCAAAAUGUCAGCGAACAUUCACGUCUGAAGUUGAUGCUCAAACAAUGGGUUCGACUCUCGCCAUUAUUCACCAAUAUUAAUCUGAGCAGUGGUGAUAUAUUGUAGUCGCACCCAAUCGAUUGUGCAUUUUUUGCUUCAACUUUUAUUGCUUCGACAAUGAGAAAGCGUACAUAUACAUUUGUUGUCAUUUUUCAAAUCCUAUACAAAUACGAGCCUUCGCUGGAAUUUCCAUGUAAGUUUAAGAAGUGCCAGAAUUAUGUGAUAUUUAAUUUAUCUUCAUGUUUAGUUUACAAUUACAUUUUACAUUUAUAUAACAAAUAAAAAUCUUCAAAACACUAUAUAUAUAUAUAAAACUUUUGUUUUCCAUUUAAAAGCGGUUCAUGUAAAUAAAAUGUAGUUAGCUAUCCGUAAAUGUAUUUAUACAAUUUAUAGUAUUUGUGCAAUAUUAUUUGUCUCUUGAAUAGCGCUGAGUAAUUAUACUUGACUCUUCCAAUUGCUUUUUAGUCAUUUUUCGAAUUAAUUUUAACAUAUCAAUUUGCGAUUUUGAAACUUCAAUGUUUCCCAUGAGAUAUAAAUUGGUGUUUUGAACAUUUUCUUCUGAAUCGUAUCUAUUAUAAAUUUGUACGUAUAAAAAAGUACAUUAUAAUGUGACAUUAAGAAGUAUGUACAAUCGUUAUUAACUCCAACAGAAUCAUUAAAAAAUCGUAAAUUUUAAAAGACUUGAUUAAAAGUCAAUAGCACUGAUGCAAUUAUUAUACGAAACAAUUGUUAAAUUUCUUAUAUAAUAACAAUAACAUACAAGUUUAUUAUUGAUCUCGCAGUACCUGUAGAUCAAUGUUCAAGAUACAUAUUGCCAUAAAGCCUCCGUAAAAAGGUUGUUGUUAUAUUCGUAUAUAUUUUUAUACGGAAGCUAAGAGAGAGCGAGAGAGAGAAUCAAAGAUAACAGAGAAAAAACAGAUACGUUUAUUCUUGAACUAAGACAAACAAAACAACCAAUCUCUGCGAGUAAAAUUUAGCUAGAUAUAUUAUAUAUGUGAAAUUUCGUUUUAUACAUACCUUUUACUUUGUGAACUUGAUUAAAUACUCGCGUGCUUGUCAGCUCGCAGCUAUAUCCUGUGACCUAUAUUAUUACUUACUUGCCAUUUGACACAUACACAUAUACACACAUACACGCAUACAUACAUCAUAUCCCAGGAAAGAAUGUCUUUAAGUGUCGUUCGAAGAAAAAUUAAAACAUAGUAUGUAUCCAUUUACCAAUGUAUAUUAUAUAUUUAUAGCUCUGCAGAGCCAACAUAAAGUGAAAUCUUUGAAUCAAACGUUAAAAUCAUUAAAAAAUUCUGUAUUUUGAAAUCGUUUGAAAUAUAUAAUUCUACA